ACCCGUGGAAUCUUGGAUGAUCAGUGUAAAGUGAGUCAAGAUUUUACAAUGGCUUCCUUAUCUUCAGAGCCAAUUGCCAAAAGAUUGAAAUCUGAAUCGAAAGAGACUCGGUUAAUUGUCUCUUCCCAAGAAAAAAGUGAAUCGGCUGGAAAUGUUGUCUAUGAAAUUAAAACAUUGUCGCCAUUUUGUUUGUCCCGGGAAGACCAGGAGAGAAAACCUGAAGCAGUUUUGCACGACAAGUAUUAUCGGUCUUUAGAAUUAGUUGAUGUUUGGACGUGCAUUGUAAACGAUAGAGGACAGACCUCCAAACUACUAAGGGAAGUUGGUGAAAUUCACAAAUUGGAAAAUCUUCGUCAUUUAAAGCGUGUAAAAAAUAAAGAUGGAACACUGGUGAUGAUUGUAGCUGCAGUAGAUGGUAUUGGCGGUAUAUUGAGGGAAAAUGUAACCUUGAAAGAUUUAUUUCGUGAAUCAACUUUGGUCCUUGAUGGUUUAUCUCAACCUAUUAUCACGCGUGUACCAAAAUACCCUGCUUUGACGAUGGACCAGUUUAAUUGUUGGUCAAAAGUCUGGCCAAUGAAAUUUCAUGAAAACAAACGAAUUACCAAACUCUUGACCAAUGAAAUAUUUACUGACAUGGAGUUUCUGAAAAUAAAAAAACACAUGAUUGAAGCGAUAAAUGUUGCAAGAACAGGCAAGAAAAAUGGAGUAUCCCAUCCUGUUGGUGGUGUUGUUGUAAACCCUCGAACAAACAAGAUUAUAUGCAAAGCUUAUGAUAUGAGCAAUUCACGGCACCCUCUUAGACAUACUUCCAUGGUAUGCAUCGAUCUGAUUGCUAGGUUGCAUGGUGGUGGUGCCUGGGACCGAGAGUUGGACUCACAUGAAGAUGGUCAAGGUAGUAAAGAUGAACAAGACAUGGUAGAUAAUGAUCAUAUGCUUGAAGAUGACUUAAUAUCUUGUGGUGAGACACCGUACUUGUGCACAGGAUAUGAUCUAUACAUUACAAGGGAACCUUGUGUCAUGUGCGCGAUGGCUUUAUUACAUUCUAGAAUUCGAACAGUUUUCUAUGGCUGUGCGACUCCUUGCUCAGGAGGACUGGGCUCAAUUUAUAAAAUUCACUGCUUGGACGGCGCCAAUCAUCAUUUUGAAGUUUUUCGUGGUUUGUUAGAACAAGAAUGUGGAAAGACAUAGAAAGCAAUUCGCCUUGAAAUUUGUUUUUUUGACUUUGCUCUUCUGAAAACGAGAAACUCACUUUAUAAUUUAUGCUCGCCAAGUUAUAAUUUAUGCCAGACUUAAUUUAUGCGUGCCACGUACGCGUAUUGCAAUCGCACUCCAGUCAAGUGAUAUCAGUCCAUACUUGGAAACUGUGGAGUCAAUAUUACGAAUAUUACUCAUAUUAAUUACUGUAGAAUUGCCACAAGACAAAACGGUCUUUGUUUUGUGUUGGUACAACUAUUUAAAGUAUUAUCACCUUCAAAGGUAAUUUGAUAUUUGUAAAAAGAACGCUUACGUAUGAUACACUGUGGAUGAAAACGACUGUAAGUAAAGUGAAGCUCUAUAUUAAAGGAAUCGACGAAAUUUA